AUGCCGCCACCCCCAGCAAAGGCAGAGUCUGGCGCAGCGUCGAAGGAAGAGAACAUUUACAUCCCCUCUUUCAUCAGCAAGCGUCCAUUCUACGCUGGAGAGGAGGGCGAUGAUGCCGAUUACCUCAAGCAUCAGCGGCGCGAGGAGAAAGCCGAGAAAUCGCAAUGGUACGAUCGCGGGAGGAAGGCUGGGCCGGCGGCAACCAAAUAUCGGAAAGGCGCCUGCGAAAACUGCGGCUCCAUGACUCAUAAGGCCAAAGAUUGCCUAAGUCGCCCGAGAGCUAAAGGCGCAAAGUGGACAGGCAAGGACAUCCAGGCGGAUGAGAUCGUCCAAGACAUCAAGCUGGGCUGGGAUGCGAAACGAGAUCGCUGGAACGGAUACGACACGAAGGAAUAUCGCAACGUGGUCGAAGAGUUCAAUCAAAUGGAGGAGCUCCGUAAAGAGGCGAAGCGGGCCGUGGACGGCGACGAGGCUGAAGACGAGGGCGACAAAUACGCCGAAGAGAACGACAUGAGCAAACACCAGAGCACAGCUACGCGACAGCUCAGAAUAAGAGAGGAUACCGCGAAAUACCUCCUGAAUCUCGAUCUGGAAUCCGCAAAAUACGAUCCGAAAACGCGAUCACUGGUCGACGGCGGCGCAACUGGAGGCAAGUCUGCUGAUUUGUUCGCCGAGGAAGGCUUCAUGAAGUCGUCUGGUGAGGCAGGGGAGUUCGAAAAGGCGCAAAGGUAUGCCUGGGAGGCACAAGAGAAAGCGGGUGAUACCUCGCAACAUCUGCAAGCGAACCCGACGGCCGGAGCCUUCUAUCGAAAGAAGGAGCAGGAGGAGGCGGAGAGGAAGCGAGCAGAGCGUGAGAGGCAACUUCUCGAGAAGUACGGUGGCGGCGACCAGAAGCAAAUGCCAGCCUCACUGCGCAACAUGAUGAUCUCAGAAUCAGAGACAUUCGUCGAAUACGACGAGGCGGGUCUGAUCAAGGGCGCCCCCCGAAAGGCAGCAAAGUCAAAGUACGCGGAGGACGUAAUGGUGAACAAUCACAAGUCCAUAUGGGGCAGCUGGUGGUUCAACUUCAAGUGGGGAUACGCGUGCUGUCACUCGUUCGUCAAGAACAGCUACUGCACUGGAGAGGAAGGCAAGGAAGCUUGGGAGGCUGCAGAACGACAGAGGACGGGAGUGAACUUGAUUGAAGAUGGGUCAGCUCCCUCGGAACCGCCGCAAGAGGAAGAGGCGCCCCGGAAAGAAGCUGAGGAAACGAGCACCAAGAAGCGCACUCGCGAAGAGAUGCUGAACGGGGUGACGGAGGAAGAGAUGGAGGAAUACCGGCGGAAGAGGACUGUUGCAAACGAUCCGAUGGCAAAACUGCUCGGAAAGGACGAGCUGCUGCAUUGA